AUACGCACAUGUCAUUGGAGAGCUCGAAGUCAAUCGCUCGAUCACAUCGGAUAUUUCUUUAAAAACAAACUUGAAACAUGAUUGGGCAGAGAAAGAUAUCCUCUUUUUUCAAAGUGGCUUCGAUUAAAAGUGUUCCAAAGAGACAGCUGAGUGGAGAUAAAUCAAUCGAAGGCCACGAACUUGACGAUCAGAGAUGCACCCCACCCAAGAGGCAGAAAUCCAACAGCGCGAAGGAAAAUGGAUCAAACAGAGAAGAAAGAGGAAGCAGUCUGAGCCCGGAGCAAAAACAACGCAUGGAACUACAAAGAUUGAAAGCUCUAAAGAGAUUAGAAAGCAAUGGGCUGACCAAACCGAUUGGUAACGGCGUUGAAGGUGCACCACCCAGCAUGGGGCCAUCCUGGGCUUCAGCACUGUCUGCAGAAUUCACCAAACCAUACUUCUUAAAGCUUCAUAACUUUGUUAAACAAGAGCGGCAGAGAAAGACUAUCUACCCUCCUGCUAACCAGGUGUAUACAUGGACCAACAUGUGUCCCGUCCGUGACGUAAAGGUGGUCAUUCUGGGUCAAGACCCGUACCAUGGACCAGGACAAGCACAUGGUUUGUGUUUCAGUGUCCAGAAAGGUGUGCCCAACCCACCUAGCUUGGCGAACAUGUUUAAAGAGUUAUCCAAUGAUAUUGAGGGAUUUCAGAAGCCAUCCCAUGGGGAUCUCACAGGAUGGGCCAGACAAGGUGUUCUGUUGUUGAACGCCGUGCUCACGGUGGAAGCUCAUCGUGCUAACUCUCAUAAGGAUAAAGGCUGGGAAACGUUCACCAAUGCUGUGAUCGCAUGGCUCAACAAGCACUGUGAUGACAUUGUGUUCCUGCUAUGGGGAUCGUACGCACACAAAAAAGGUAGCAUCAUCAAUACGAAACGCCAUCAUGUCUUGAAAGGUGUACAUCCAUCGCCCUUGUCAGCCUACAGGGGUUUCUUCGGUUGCAAGCAUUUCUCCAAGACAAAUGACAUCUUGAAGAAACUUGGCAAGGAACCUAUAGACUGGGGACAACUGAAUGCAGAAUAGUCACAUGUUUACAAGAUCCGAUGGGCCCCUUGCGUGUGACCUCGCAAGCCAAAACAGCCCUCAUUGAGGUCAAUUGGAGACCUAUCAUUGGUUGAGAGUUCUGUUUUGCUCAUACACACGUGCAUUGCCAUUGUUUGAGCUCAGCAAUGGGUUCUAUUUUUCACUUUCCUUGAACCAUCCUCAUCCUAUCAAAAUCCCACUGCAUGUUUUUGUUUGAUUCUGUUCGCCUGAGGAAUUCAAGAGAGUUAGAGUUAACAAGAUGAGUAUUAUUGAUAUAUGCAAUGUACAUAAGCCAAGAUGUUAAACACUGCCAAAAACAGGACAUCUUAAGAUCAUUUUAAUAUUUGUUUACUAGAAGGAGAAUUUGAUUCUAUACAGUCUGAUCACAAGUUUUAAAUUACGUUAUUUAAAUAUGACAGGAAAAUAAAUUUGCGAAUGAAACUUUGCUUUGAUCUUUAGGAAAAAAGAAACGGUAGUCGUCUAACUAUUUUGGAAUAUUCAAUCUUCAAAAUAGGUUCAAUUAAAGGCAGUGGAUUCAUUGGUAAUUACUCAAAAUAAUUAUUAGCAUAAUACCUCGCUUGGUAACGAGU